AUGAUAAUCCACCCUUCUUUAAUUUUAUUCUAUGGAUUUCUUAUUUUUAGGGUGCUUUUAGUGGUAUGUGCUGAGUCUUGAUUUAUGAUUUGAGUAGGGCUAGAGAUAAAUGUGAUGGCGUUCAUUCCACUUAUUUUAGUAAAGGGUAAUAAGUACAGCGGCGAAGCGGGAGUCAAAUAUUUUUUAGUGCAGGCCUUUGCGUCUGUAAUAAUUAUAAGGGGGCUAUUAUUGAAAAGGUGCAGUUGAGUGUCAAUAGAGUGUUUGUUGGCAAGAGGAGUUCUGUUGAAGAUAGGGAGUGCUCCGUUCCAUCAGUGACUCCCCUCUUUAGUGGAAGGGGGAUCUUGAGGCUGCUUGAUAGUUCUUUUUGUGGUGCAAAAAAUUAGCCCUUUAGUUGCACUCUCUUUUUUAUUAAAAGAUGGCGACUACUAUGUAUUAGUCUAUGUAGUGAUUAUUUGUAGAACUCUAGCAGGAAGAAUCGGAGGGUUAAUAACUCCAUCGCUUCGCAAAAUUAUGGCCUACUCCUCUAUUUCUCAUUUAGGUUGGGCGAUUAGAAGGUUGUUGGUUUCUAGUUUGACCUGGGCCGGGUACUAUUUUAUCUAUAGUCUUGUGUUAUUUAGAGCAGUGUAUCUAUUCAAUAAAGAGGAGGCUUUUUCACUUAACCAUUUAAUACUAGGGGAUAAAAAGAUUCGAGGAUUAAUGAGAGUGAGACUGCUGUCUUUGGGCGGGCUCCCUCCUUUUAGGGGGUUCGUACCUAAGUUCUUAGUGAGAGUAGGCCUAUUACAGUGUGAGACUUACUUUAUCUUUGUGGUUUUGCUGAGUGGGACUUUCUUAAGUCUGUUUUUCUAUAUGCGAAUAGUGCUAAGCGGGCUACUUCUUAGGAGGGGUUCAAGUAGGUUAGUUAGCUCAAGUUGAGGCUCGCCUAAGGGGGUUUGAUUUAACGCUGCAGGAGUACUAAUACCAAGGGUGUUAUUUUUUGCUUUAU